GGGAGAACCCGGAUGAGUGGUACAUAAUGCGAAACGGGCCUCUAUUCGUCCUUUUCUUUUAGCGUUAACCACGUUGUUGGUGUCUAUUCCUGGCUCACCGCUGUUCGCUUGAUUUUCUUCCGAAUAAGUCGGCCAGGGUUAAAAGUAACCAAUAAUGGCUUUCAAGGACAGUGGGAAAGCUCCUGUUGAGACCGAGGUGGCCAUCCACCGCAUCCGCAUCACUCUGACCAGCCGCAACGUCAAAUCUCUGGAGAAGGUCUGUGCAGACUUGAUCCGGGGAGCCAAGGAGAAGAACCUGAAGGUGAAGGGACCAGUCCGCAUGCCAACCAAGACUCUGCGAAUCACCACCAGGAAGACUCCCUGUGGUGAGGGCUCCAAGACCUGGGACCGCUUCCAGAUGAGGAUCCACAAGCGUCUGAUUGACCUGCACAGCCCGUCAGAGAUCGUCAAGCAGAUCACCUCCAUCAGCAUCGAGCCGGGUGUGGAAGUUGAGGUCACCAUUGCAGACGCUUAAAGCAAACGAGUAAUACAAUAAAGAAAGAGAACAAGGAAA